AUAGUUAUUUUUUUCUCAUUUUAGCUAUAACUAAGCUAGCUAUGGAUGCAAAAUAUAUUAUAUAUAUAUUAUGUUAACAAGACUUUAUGUGACUAUUAAUGUGUUGAUGAAAUCUUUCUUCACUUCCAAUGCAUUCAAAAUACGAAGAAAGAUUACCCAUAGCCAGCCAUAAUGACAUUGACUUAGAAGAUCAUCAUGAUGGGAAAAAAUCAGUUUCAUUUUUUCAAUGGGGACUGGAAAUUUAUGAAGACUGCCAAAAUUAUAAUCCGGUUGGAUCAAGCCUUUGUAGGGAGUGUAAUGUUGUUGAAAAACUGCAUCCAGCAACAGAGGGCAUCAUAAAAGAAUAUAAUAAAAACCCCAAAGGCCAACUGCAAAAGAAAUUACCUGUGACUUGUACAGAAUAUAAAGGCGGCCACAAAAGGCUCUGUGGAAACUGUAACUGGGUGGAAAAUGAACAUGUAUCAGAAAAAAAGUCUUCAAGGGAACAUAUUCCGACUAAUGCAUUUGGUAAAUUAAAACUUCAAGGUAACCAAACACAAGUAAGGGCGAAGUAUGUUCGGGUUGGAGACUUUACAGAUCCCUUAAUGAUACUGAAUAUGAUGAAGAAAGAUUGGGAAUUACAACAAGUUCCGAAUUUAGUUGUAUCGAUAACCGGUGGUGCAACUGAUUUUCAAAUAAACAAAAAUUUGCAUGAUGAACUAAAGCGGGGAUUAAGGAAGAUUGCUACGAAAACACAUUCGUGGAUUAUAACUGGUGGCACAGAUACAGGGGUCAUGAAAUUUGUUGGUAAGGCACUGGAAAAUGAACCUUAUGGAAAAGUCCAGCUGUUAGGUGUGGCCACUUGGGGUGUAAUUAGUGGUAGGGAAGUCUUAAUUGAUCGUGGCGAUCUGGUUCAGUAUCCUCCAGAUGGUCACAAACUUACAACAGGAGACACUUUGUUGGAUAAAAAUCACACUCAUUUCAUACUUGUUGAUGGCGGAAAGGUUCGAGAAUUUGGGCAAGAAAUAAAAUUGCGUGCAGAGUUGGAGCAAGAAAUAAUGAAAUGGCAAAUUGACUCUGCUCUUAAAAAGAUUCCUGUUCCAGAUGGUGGAGUUGAUACAAGAAAGAUUGAUAAACACUUUGCGCCUGCUAUUCAAAUUGUCAUUGAAGGUGGUCCAAAUACAAUUAAACAAGUCCUAUCAAGUUUAAAUUCGUGUUCAGAUAAUCCAGUAAAAGAUAAUUCGGACAACUUAAUCAUGCCGGUUGUUGUUGUAAAGGGCAGUGGUCGUGCAGCAGAUAUCUUGUCGUACGCAUACACACUGGACUUGAGUGAAGGAAAUGCCCAUACAGAUGCUGGAGCUAAAGACGAAUUGCGUUUAAGAAAAAAUAUUAUGCUUCGUAUGCCAGGCAUGACUGUUGCUCAACAGCUCAGCAUAUUUCAUAAUGUCAAACUUUGUAUGGAUAAAAAGGAAUACAUAACAAUAUAUGAUCCUAGUAAAGACGGUGAUUUUGAUGAAGCUGUUUUGUUGGCAUUGAUGAGAGUCAAUAGCCACGAUGAAGAUAAAAAUGUGCUUUCCAUCAUUUCACAAUUGGAAUUAGCAAUGUCUUGGAACCGGGCUGACAUUGCUAAAAAGUACCUUUUUACAGAUAAUAUUGAAACAAAUCAUAACUCUUCCCUAGAAGAUAUAAUGAUGGAUGCUUUAUCUGGAGGCAAGCAUGAGUUUGUGAAGCUUCUUCUUGAUAAUGGCUUUGAUAUUAACAGGUUCCUUGAUUAUGGAAGACUUUCGGUGCUUUAUUUAGAGACAUUUGUACCAGUUGAAAGUGUCAGCAAAUUUAUAUUUGUUAAAAACAACAAGGGGAGUAUAAUUGAAGACAUUAAUAGCCAGAUCAUGCAGAGAAGAGAAAGAAACACAAGGGGGUUAAAACUGAAAUGUGUUCAUGGUGGAUUAUUAAAGUUGAUAGGAAUGGAUGUUGUGCCACAUUAUAAAAACGAAUAUACCUUUAAGAAAACCUUUGCUCACCCGUUCAACGAAUUAUUUAUCUGGGCUGUGUAUCGCAAUUUUCAUGAACUGGCAUUGUUAUUAUGGCGUCUAGAUGACGAAUCACUAGCAAAGGCACUGGUUGCGAGAAAGCUGUAUAUCCGACUAGCUGAAAAGUACAAAAAAUAUCAUCAUUUAGUGGAAGAAGCAGUUAUUAAUUCUUGGAUCGCAAAUGCUGAAGAGUUUGGUAAAUUAGCAGUGGCGUUGCUUGAGGAAUGUGCAUUAAAAGAUAAAGUUGCUACAGAAACUCUUUUGCAAUAUCAGUUAAAAAGAUGGGGAAAACAAGACUGUAUGAGCCUUGCAGCAUCAUCUCAACUAGAAGAAUUUAUUGCUCACUAUGCAUGUCAAGAAGUCUUGUCAAAAAGAUGGAAGGGUUAUUUGUCAUUUCGUGGAAACAAUGAAACAAUGCAAGUGUGGUCAGGAAUGAUUUGUUUUCCUGCAGUAUCUCAUAUUGUUAAAUACCAUCCAUCAAGCAAAGAAAACCAAUUUCACGACCAAAUAUCAAUAACACAACAACAAGGCAAAUCUCUGCGUGAAAAAAUUAAAAUGAUUUCUGAAUUUUAUGCCGCACCUGUCACAAGCUUUUGGCUGAAUUUUAUUUUUUAUUUGAUUUUUUUGUUGCUAUUUUGCAACUUUGUAACAAAGAAAUUGCCAGAUCGCCCAUCUACUGUGGAAUGGAUUGUGCUAGUGUUUUUGAUAUCACUUGGAACUGAAGAAAUUCGCCAGGUGUGUCAUGUUCCUCAUUGUGUACAUUCUUGGCAUAAAGUGAAGGUAUGGUGGUCAAUGCAUUGGAACAAGUCUGACAUAGUAGGAGUCUCCGUGUUCUUUUUGGCAUUUGCUCUUCGUUUGACCACUUCUUCAGGAUUGAAAAAGAUAGCGCACAUUGUUUACGCAUUGGACAUUAUGAUUUGGAUUGUACGCUUGUUGGAUAUUUGCGCCAUCAGUAAAACAUUAGGUCCAUAUGUUGUAAUGGUGCAAAGAAUGACAGUGGAUGUUAUUUACUUCUUAAUAAUACUCUCGGUAUUUUUACUAUCUUAUGGAGUUGCUCGAUAUGCCAUUUUACUCCCUCAAGAUGAUUUUUCAUGGAGUUCAAUACGACAUAUGAUCACAAUUCCAUACUUUGAAAUGUAUGGUGAAGUGUUUUUUGAGGCUGCCGCAAAACAAAAUGAAACAGUGUUUGGUACACGCCACGGAGCACACAGUUUUUACGCACAACCAAUCGUGCUCUUCAUCUUGGGUGUUUAUUUAAUCUUAACAAACAUUUUGCUGAUUAAUCUCUUGAUUGCAAUAUUCAACAACACCUAUAAUACUGUUCAAAUAAACUCUGAACGCAUUUGGAGAUUCCAGCGUUACUAUCUUGUUGACGAAUAUCAUCGAAGGCCUGCUAUCCCUAUUCCAUUUAUCAUAAUCAGUCACUUUAUAUUGCUCGUAAAAUGGUUGCUAUCAAAAUGUAAGAAAACAAAGAAUAUUCCCAACGAAAAUGAAGAAGAAGAUGAAAGCUCAGAAUUUUAUGAGUUGUUGAGACUUGAACAAGAUGCCAUGUCUUGCUUUUUGGAAAAGAGGGAAAAGCAAUUUCAUGAAAACCCGGAGAAGAAACUCGACUACAUACAAGCAAGAGGUGAUCAGCUAGAAGAACUUCUGAAAAACACAAAAGAAGAACUCGCAGCAAUAAAAAAAAAGCUAUUUAAAAGCACAACACAGGUUGAUAUGCGUUUGGUUCGUAUGGAAAACACACUUGUCGCUACAAAAAAGGCUGCAACACGAUUGCCUUCGAAAAAUAAAAGCAAAAGUUCAAACGCUAUGCUAACUAAACGGAUGCAAAAGCAGUUACAUUUGCUUGAUAUGAAAACACAUGAAGAAUUAAAUCAAGAAAAUGUUGAUGGACCAAAUUCACCUCGAUCGCCGUCUAUAUCUGAAGAAGAACCUUCUUUCAAUAUUUCUGCACGACCAUCUUUACCCACUUUGAAGCAAGAAGAAAGUAUUGAGAAGUGUCAUAUACUGUCAAGAUGUCUUCGUUAUCCUUCCUCUGAAAUUGAACGAUUUACCUUUCCUGAUCAAUUCGUCAGUUGGAAGGUACCAUUUCCUAGUUAUAAGCCACGAUCAUAUGUUGCACCUAAUGUUUUGCCUGGUUUAGCAUGGGUUGACAAAGAAUUUGACGUAAACAAUCCACCCAAGUUCAACGAGAUUGAUGGUGAAGUUGACCGUACAAGUUUUGAAGGAGUGUAUAGCAUCGACGAAGAAACUGGCUUGCCUUUAAAUCCUGCAGGAAGAACAGGUCUGAUUGGACGCGGCUUAUAUAGACGAUAUGGUCCAAAUCACAUUACAGAAGCAAUUUUCACCAGAUUUAAAGAUCAACUGGAACAGCAAAAAUCAAAGCCGGAAAUGGAAGUUCUGGUUAUUGAAAAAAAUACAGGAGAAUGUUAUCUCCCUUCGGAUGAAGUUAAACAAAGCACCAAAGUUAAAGAUCGACUUCCACGCAUACUUCUGCAGUUGUUUAACUCAAAAACAUUAAAAGAACAUGGAGUUAAUCGAUUCAGUUAUUUAGGUACCAUGGCAGCCCUUGAUGCUGUGAUUAGAAAUCGAACAGAGGUAUUUCGUGGUUAUUUAGAUGAUAAGAGAAACACUGACAAUGCUUGGGUAGAAACAGCGGUGUAUAACUAUAUUAGCGAUUAUAGCGGCCACAUGUUGACUGCUUUCUUUAUCCCGGAGGAAAGAGCGAAUAAAUUACGUUUAAAAUGGGUGGAUUUAAACGAGAAUACUCCGCUUAUGGACGACCGAAUUUGGUAUUUGGAAUUUGUUGCGAAAAAGCAUGGUGCAUAUUUCAGUGAAAACGAUGAUGAUUGAUGAUUAAUAUUCCGCCUUCUUCAACGAUCAGGUGGUAGCAGAAUCACUCCACCACCCUGUGGGUACAUCUGCACCUACCUUACUGAUACUAAUUUUCGUGAGUCAAAAAAUGACAUUAGUCGGUUAUAAGUUUUUGCGAUUGGUUAUUUGUAGAAAAUUUCGCAGAUAUUAAUUUUCGCGAAUAACGUAAAUAUGUGCUCAAAUCCUGUUAAAAAAGUUUUCUUAAUUUAAUAUUCAUACAUUUUUUUUAAUGAUCCUUCGUUAUAAUUAAUUCUACGUGUGAAUGAAAUUGCCCUAUUUUCUCUCUGCGAUAAAGCAAUUCUUAAAUUAUGGGAAUUUUAAUUUUUUUGUCAAGAGUAUUAAUUUCCGUGAAUGAAAUUUAAGAAAUAUAAUGCGUGUAGAUAAUUUUCACAAAUUUGGCCAUAUCGCGUUAAACUUCGCAGACUAACUUUUGUACGUAUGGUAAUUUUGAUUUAGGUACCACAAUGAUUGUGUUUUCAAAGAAAUUUUUAUAUUAAUUUUAUCUAAAAGUCACCUUCUAGAUUGUACUUUGAAACAGUACUAAAUUUUUUUUGCCUCAUACCUACAUAUCACAUUUCAUUCAUCUUUUUGGCGACUUUAUUUUGAAUCUACACGGCUUAUAAACCGGGCUCUUAAUUUUUUAGCUGUAAUUUUGAAAACGAUUGUUUUUGUACUUUUAUAGCUGGAACUUGUGAUGUUUUUCGGCGAGUCCGGUUAACACUCUACAUUAUAUUUAGAUCAGAUUUUCCAAUUUUAUAACUCUGCUUUUGAUAAUUAUUAUUUUCAUCAAUUUUGUAUGAUUUAUAAUUUUUUUAAAUAAUUUUAGGUAAUUUUUUUGUAACAUUACUUUUUUACUAUAUAUAUGUUUUUAUGGGUGUUGGAAUUAUUAUAGACUAUAUAUACUGACAGAAAUAACUGCACGUAUUAUUUUACACACCAAUAUUUUAUAGUUUAUUAGCUUAUUUGCAGGUAAAAAUAUUUUUUUGUAUUUAAUUUUAUUUAAAUAUAAAUUACGUAGUUUCUAGAUUUUUGGCUAAUUUUCAGUAGCACUUUAACAUUACCGUUCAUGUAUGUUAAAAUCACUAAAAUUCUUCCACAAGCAAAGUAUACGAUUAAAGAAGCUUACAAAAUAAAAACGAGACAAGACUUAGUCAACAAUAUUUGAAAACGGUUGUGCCUACUUUCUCAAAUAAAAUAAAACUAGUAGCUCCUUUUUAAUUGAGGAUCACAGAAGGAUAACUUCAAAUUGUAUAAGCGAACACUUUUGGUCUGAAAUUUAAUAUGUUAUUUUUUUCCACUACGAUAUUUUUGUUCUCGAAUUUAUAGCCGUAGCAUAUAAUUUUGAUAAUGAUUAAAUAUAAACAGUAAUUUCUUAAACC